AUGAAGGAGGAACGGAUAACACCAACAGUAGAGGAGCAGCAGGUGUUACCAGUCGCAGUACUUGAUCCAUGGAUGCAACCCAUAGUGGCAUAUUUGGCGGACGGAGUCCUACCUGAAGGACGUACCGAGGCGGCUAAGCUAGUUCGAAUUUCCUCAGUUUACUCACUAAUAGAGGGAGCACUGUACCGGAAUUCAGUCACACACCCAUGGUCUAAAUGCAUAUCACUAGAAGAAGGAAGCUACAUCCUUCGGGAAAUCCAUGAAGGAGAAUGUGGAGCUCACGUGGGCGCAGUCACUCUAUACAGGAAAGCAAUGUUACAGGGAUUUUAUUGGCCCACGAUGAAAAAAGACGCUGAAGAAAUGGUCAAGAAGUGCGAUAAAUUCCACCCUUGGCCUUUCAUGAUCUGGGGAGUAGACAUACUGGGACCUUUUGUCCCAGCGAGAGGACAGGUAAAGUUUAUAGUCGUCGCAGUCGACCAUUUCACCAAGUGGAUAGAGUCAAAAGCAAAACAAAACCACACAUUAACAUGUCACAGGUUCGGCACUCCACAUGCCCUAGUCACAGACAACGGGAAGCAAUUUGACUGCGCCAGCUUCAGAGAUUUCUGCACUGGGCUAGGAAUUCUCUUAAAAUUCUCCUCAGUAGCACACCCGCAAACCAACGAACUAACAGAAGUCACCAACUGCACCAUCCUUUCUGGAAUAAAGAAGAGGCUAGGAGACUUAAAAGGGAGAUUGAUUGAUGAGCUUUAUCAUGUGGUCUUAGACGAAGAUCACAACGAGGAGUCCCUGAGGCUAUGCCUGGACCUCCUCGAAGAAAGAAGACAGCAGGUAGUAGUCCGAGCUGAGGCAUAUCGCAGGCAGAUGACCAAGUACCACAACGCCCGAGUCAAAGAAAGAAAAUUCGAAGAAGGAGACUUAGUCCUGAAGAAGGCAGAAAUUGGAAGAGGAGCCGCCGGAGUUGGAAAAUUAGAGGCCAACUGGGACGGUCCAUAUCGCGUAGUAGCAGUAGUCGGCAAGGGAGCAUACAAAAUAGCUCACCUAGAUGAGACUCCAUUACCCCGGACUUGGAAUGUUGAAAAUCUGAAGCUAUACCUUCAGUAA